GUCUUUUAUAUUCCUGUGUCUGUCUGUCUGUCUCUCUGUCUGUUUCUUGUUCUAUCUGUUUGUAAAAAGUGUAAAACAUACCCUUAUUUUAACCUAAAUGUUACUUAACAACAUAAAAAGCAGCAGCAGCCUACUGUAACUGUCACUGUUGCCAUCACUACCAUCUAUAAAACAUACAAACAGGGAUAUUGUUUGUGCCAUGAAGUUUCGGGGAAUGAUUUAUUUGCAUUGAUAUCAGUGUUUAUAAUCAGCUCUGCAUUUUGUGACGCAAAGACCAUUAGGUUAGGCAAAACAGAGCAGGUCACCAUUCAACUGUGUGUGUGUAUGAGGAGACAACACCACCAGAAUGGUUAUGAGAGGGGUAUUGCUAUAUCUUUUGCUUGGGCAUCUCCUCAUAGGCGCUGGCUCUACCUGUGUUCCUGUUGAAUGUCUGAGAUGUAACGCCACAGGAAACACUCAGGCAGAUCCUUGUGCAUUCUGCUAUCCAAAAAUGUGCAUUAAUGAUACUUCAAAUAUCACGUCAAACUGCAAAAAAGAAUUUCAGGUUUCUGUCAACAGCAGUGGAUCCAAUGUUCAGGAGGGCAAUGACAUCACUCUAACAUGUGUCUAUAACCUUCCCGAUUUGAUUAUGAUUGGGUGGAAGAAGAAUCAGGAGGAACUCCAGGAAAACAAAAACAAAAGCACUCUGUCUCUCCCAGAAGUCAAGUCCAGUGAUGCAGGCCAGUACAUCUGCUUUGUGAAUAGCCUGUGCGGCUAUUACGAGUCUCUGCCAUCCAUUGUCAUUGUAGAGAACCAGGCUGUGUUGCUCUUGGUGAUCUGUGGUAUUUCCGCGUUGGUCCUGGUCGUGAUUAUGGGGCUGGCUAUGAAGUUCAAGCUGAAAAGAGACAACGCUAAACACAAAGAGAGGAGGAAGCAGAAGGCAGAGGCAGAGCAGAGAAGCGGUCCGGCUCCUUUCACACUAAGAGAGUCCUAAAUAAGACUCAGUCUAUCACUUUCAAAAAAAAUAUGAUUACUGAUAUUGUUUCGUAAUUUGCUUUUGUAGUGUUUGAUGUAGAAAUAAAACAUAUUUAAUCUCCA